GUGGUUUUCUCAAGCUGUCACCUGUUAUAAAUACACACCAAAACCUCAUAGAGGUAAUUUUACAACUGAUGAACACAAGGAAUAGAAAUGAAAAUACUGAUUUCAACUGUUUUAUUCGUUAUCUAUGCAGGUGUAAACUGCAGCAACUACAGAAAUCCGUACAUUGUGAAUCUUCAACAAACCAUGUGCAGGGAUAAACAAUGUGGAUUUGAACAAGUAUGCGAAAUCAAGACAGCGCGGUGUUAUAGAAAACCAUGUACUUAUGAAACAUACUGUGCCCCAACAUGGGGAUCUUUAUCCAAGGGUGGUGCCUGUCCAUUAGCAGACGACAACAGUGCCGGUAGUAUUCGAUGCGUUGGAGAUUUCGGAUGUGGUAUAAGUAACAACGAUGUUUGUUGUCAUAAUCGUAAUACGAAAACGUCGUACUGUCACACACCUUGAAUAUAAAAAUAAAUAUGAAUAUAAUAUAUACCAAGUGUA